AUGGGCUUACAUUUCAAGUGGCCAUUAGGGGCCCCUAUGCUGGCAGCAAUAUAUGCAAUGAGUGUGGUUUUAAAAAUGCUGCCUGCCCUGGGUAUGGCGUGUCCACCCAAAUGCCGCUGUGAGAAGCUGCUAUUCUACUGCGACUCUCAGGGCUUCCAUUCAGUGCCAAACGCCACAGACAAGGGUUCUCUGGGCCUGUCCCUGAGGCACAAUCACAUCACAGCGCUUGAAAGAGAUCAAUUUGCCAGCUUCAGUCAACUCACCUGGCUCCACUUAGAUCACAAUCAAAUUUCAACUGUAAAAGAAGAUGCUUUCCAAGGACUAUAUAAACUUAAGGAGUUAAUCUUAAGUUCCAACAAAAUAUUUUACUUGCCAAACACAACUUUUACCCAACUGAUUAACCUGCAAAAUUUGGACCUGUCUUUUAAUCAGCUGUCAUCUCUGCAUCCUGAGCUCUUCUAUGGCCUUCGGAAGCUGCAGACCUUGCAUUUGCGUUCCAACUCCCUGCGGACUAUCCCAGUACGCCUGUUCUGGGACUGUCGUAGUCUAGAGUUUCUGGAUUUGAGCACAAACCGUUUGCGAAGUUUGGCUCGCAAUGGAUUUGCAGGAUUAAUCAAACUGAGAGAGCUUCACCUAGAGCACAACCAGCUGACAAAGAUUAAUUUUGCUCAUUUCCUCCGGCUAAGCAGUCUGCACACACUCUUCUUACAAUGGAACAAAAUCAGCAACUUGACAUGUGGGAUGGAAUGGACCUGGAGCACUUUAGAAAAGCUAGACCUAACUGGAAACGAAAUCAAAGCCAUCGACUUAACAGUGUUUGAAACCAUGCCUAAUCUUAAAAUACUCCUCCUGGAUAACAACAAGUUAAACAGUCUUGAUUCCAAAAUCUUAAACUCCCUGAGAUCCCUCACAACCGUUGGCCUCUCUGGCAAUCUGUGGGAAUGCAGCCCCCGAGUGUGUGCUCUCGCCUCCUGGCUGGGCAGUUUCCAAGGUCGGUGGGAGCAUUCCAUCCUAUGCCAUAGCCCUGACCACACCCAGGGAGAGGAUAUUCUUGAUGCAGUCCACGGGUUUCAGCUCUGCUGGAAUUUAUCAACCACUGUCACUGCCAUGGCUACAACUUACAGAGAUCCAACCACUGAAUAUACAAAAAGAAUCAGCUCAUCAAGUUACCAUGUAGGAGACAAAGAAAUUCCAACUACUGCAGGCAUAGCAGUUACUACAGAGGAACACUUUUCCGAACCAGACAAUGCCAUCUUCACUCAGCGAGUAAUUACGGGAACAAUGGCUUUAUUGUUUUCUUUCUUUUUUAUUAUUUUUAUAGUGUUCAUUUCCAGGAAGUGCUGCCCUCCCACUUUAAGAAGAAUUAGACAGUGCUCAAUGAUUCAGAACCAUAGGCAGCUCCGAUCCCAAACACGACUCCAUAUGUCAAACAUGUCAGACCAAGGACCGUAUAAUGAGUAUGAACCCACCCAUGAAGGACCUUUCAUCAUCAUUAAUGGUUAUGGACAGUGCAAGUGUCAGCAGCUGCCAUACAAAGAAUGUGAAGUAUAA